UCACCACCUCUGCUGCAUGCUCUGCUCAUCUCUUCCUUGUUUUCUCUCACAAUUUUUGACAUCUCCAACGUCUCUCUCUCUAUUCUCUCCAAUCACACAACAACAACAGAGCAAUCACAACAUAAUCUCAUCGUCUUCCAUGGCAGUUGAGGCGAGGAAUAUGAAUUUUUUCCCUUCUCAGUUAUUGCCUAACAGGAUUUUAUUGAAUCCGAAUCAAGGAAACAUGAAUAUGUACAAUACCCAGAUGGAUUCGGUCCGUAAUUUCAAUGGGUCGAUGCCUGAUUCAAUUUUGCCAUUCUAUCAGUCUGUGGAUUGCAACCCUGUUUCAGGGAAAGCGUCGAUGAACAAGGCAGACAGUGGAGUCACAUACAACAUUACUGCUCCAAGAAAACGGCCUAGAGACCCAAUCAAUGACAUCGAAGCCUUCAAUGCCCCUCAAAAGUCUAAAAACUCUUCUGGAUUUGCAUCUUUCAUUGAUCAAGAUAUCAUCUUUCAGAUCCAGCAACAACAAUCUGAGAUGGACAGAUUCAUUGCCGACCAUACAGAGAAAGUACGGAUGGAACUGGAGGAGCGAAGGAAGAGGCAAUCAAGAAUGCUAAUACAAUCAAUCCAAGACAGAGUGGUGAAGAAACUGAAAGAGAAAGACGAGGAGAUUGAAAGAAUCGCAAACUUAAAUUGGGUUCUUCAAGAAAGAGUAAAAAGUCUCUGCAUGGAGAAUCAAAUAUGGAGAGACUUGGCUCAAUCAAACGAAGCCACAGCCAAUUCACUGCGUAACAAUCUAGAACAAGUUUUGGCGCACGUUGGCGAGGACCGCCAACCAUGCGGCGGUAACGCUACCGCUGACGACGCGGAAUCAAGCUGCGGGAGCUGCAAUGAAUGGGCAGCGACGGUUGGUGGUGGUGGUGGAAAUGAUGAUAAUGAUGUGGUGGUGGUGGGGAAGAGGAUGUGUAGGAAGUGUGGGGAGAAAGAGUCAAGUGUGCUGUUACUGCCAUGCAGGCAUUUGUGUCUGUGUACAUCAUGUGGGUCCACACUCACUGGCACUUGCCCUGUCUGUGAUUCUGUCAUGAAUGCUAGCGUUCAUGUUAACAUGUCUUAGACAAAUUUUCAUGCCUGGAAAGGCAACAGUAGCCUCAGUCAAAAAAUCUGAAACGAAAAAAAAAAAAAACAGAGACAAAUAGAGGAGAUUUUAUUCAUUUUUUUUUUGUCUACAAUA